AUGGUUGUACGAUAUACUCAAAAUCCGCGACUCAGUGAAUGGGACAUGCCUGAACAUGAUGAAUUUCAAAGUCGAAAUAUAAUUUGUAGAAGCGCUGCAGAUGUGAGCAUAGAUGCUGAUCGAUCUGAGUCAAGUGAUUUAGAGACGAAAAAGCCGAAAUCAACAUGUAAAUGUGCAAAAUAUUGUGAAUCAUAUAUGUCACCCUUUCUUAAAGAGCUUCCUCCGGGUACUAUUCUUUUAUAUAGCGGUAAUUUAACAAUUUUGAACGGAUCAACUUUUCGUUGGUUACUCUGUGAUGGAUCAGAAGUAUCUCGUACGAUCUAUCAAGACUUAUUCGAAGCAAUUGGUAUUACGUAUGGAUCAGGCAAUGGAAAUGAUACCUUCAAUGUACCUGAUUUUCGUAGUCGAUUUCCAUUGGGUAGUAACAGCACCUAUAGCAGUUCAUUAGUUGCUGGUGGUGCAUCAACACAUGUCAUAAGUAUCGCAGAGUUACCUACACACUCGCAUACUCAAGGUUCUCUACAAACACUCUAUAGUGGUGUACACACACACGCGAUUGUCGAUCCUGGACAUAAUCACGGAGGAUCGACAGGCACUGGUCCAUUUUCUGGUGGCAGUUAUUCUAUGAUUAACGGUGGUGGUGCAGGUAACGAUGGUGGAGCUCAUAGUCAUUCGAUUCCUGCCGGCGCUACUGGGGUGACAAUGCAGUCGGAUGGAAAUCAUAAUCACACAAUACAAGGUUCAACAGAUACAGAAGGUUCCAGUCAAGCAAUGGACAAGAUGCCACCUUAUCAAACGGUUCAUUACAUAAUUCGUGCUUAA